CCAAGCUGUGAGUCUAUACCAUUUCUAUUGAGGUAACUGCUCUGCGAACGUAUCCGCAGCAAAAGGGGUUUUCGAUUAAGGAAAAGCUUGUCAAGAAGACUAGAAUGAAUAACAGUACCCAUCGAGUCAUGCAAAGACCAUCUACGCCUUAUAGGCUCAUAUCACACGAAAUGGAAAUCUACAUAUAUCUUGUAACACUUGUUAUUGGAGUCAUCGGCAAUGGACUGGUCUUGUGUUCCAUUGCUACAAGAAGACGACGACGACUAACGGCUAACGAUGUGUUCAUUAUGAACUUAACGCUAUCUGACUUGCUCUUACUUUUAGUGUUUCUGCCGUUUGCUAUCUACAUUCGUCUGGCGCCGUUCAAGCCUACAGCCUUCAUUUGUAAGUUCAUGGCGCCUAUCAUAACCGUUGCCCUUGGGGGAACCAUAUUCACGCUUGCCGUAAUGGCGAUCCAGAGGUGCUUCACUAUAACCCACCCAUUUCGACAAGAAAUGACAGUCAAAAUGGCAAGUUUAACGAUCUUAGGAAUUUGGUUCCUCAGCAUUGCUAUAUCUUUUCCGAAGAUCGUGAAUGCUAUGCCUAAGCGAAAUAAAUGCUACAUACGAUGGAAAUACCCCUUUCAUAAGAAAGCUUACAUGGUUGGUUUAUUCGUCGUACGGUUCGCGAUCCCUUUCGUCCUGAUUAUGAUAUCAUAUGUAAAGAUGGGUAUUGCUUUACUAAGAACACAGUCUCCGAGAUUUACAACAGACUCAAAGGGAAACAUAAGAAAUGUAACGAACAGAGAAGAAAAUGUAGCAGUUAUCAAAACGCUUGUUCUCAUCACUGCCUUGUUUCUUGUCUGCAUGUUGCCCUACCGUGUGUCAUUACUUUUGAUGACCUUUUCUCAACUGAAAAGGAACAUGAUUGUAAUAAAUGUGUAUAGUACAGCGGCUAUUUUGACAAUCGCACACAGCUGUAUUAACCCCAUUAUAUAUGGUGCUUUCCUGAAACAAUUUAAGAACGAUUAUAAAAGAUUAGUCCUAAACAUCCUAUGUUGCAAAAACUGUAGAAAGAAACAGAAUUUAGGCCAAAAUGUAGAGAGAAGCGAUGGGAUUGAACUUCGCGAAGACGAUGGCCUAAGCUCAUCUUUAUGGAAGAAAUCCGAAUCAGAAGUGAAAACAGUUCAAGUUUCACUUUCGUCAAACCAUUAUCGUCAAGUGAGAAGCGACGAUGGUGUUAGAAUAAUUGAGAACAAGGAGAUUGAGGGAUGACAUGAAAAAGGUUAACAUCGAAACCACGGAUUUAAGUCAGGUCCCACCGUAGCUAGCCAACGCAUCUUUAGAGAAUGUUUUAUUAAAUGAACUUAAAAUGA